UAUAGGUGAAUUAGUUGGCCAGAGAAUUGUUAUAAUAAAUGUAAAAAGGGGUAUCUGGUACAAUAUUUCACAUGGAAUCAAGGAAAAUCGGAGCGAUUUCAAGAGGACUAGAUCUUUUGCUUCUCCGUGUGUUGAAUUUCAGGAAAUAAAUGAAAUGUAUCAGCCCAAAGGCGUUCCCAGUUCAAGCUUAGCCCACAGCAAUGCUGCUGUCGAUAGUCAGUCAUUAGACUGUGGUGGCGGUUCAAUGGACCCUACCGGUGGAGGCAACAACAAUUCUAGUCUUGCCUCGAAGCAACGUCUGCGUUGGACCAAUGAGCUUCAUGAACGAUUUGUUGAUGCUGUAGCACAACUUGGUGGCCCAGAUAGAGCUACACCGAAAGGCGUUCUUAGAGUCAUGGGUGUACAAGGGCUUACAAUUUACCAUGUAAAAAGCCAUUUACAGAAAUAUCGACUUGCUAAAUAUCUUCCAGAUUCCUCAUCUGAUGGGAAAAACUCUGAUAAGAAAGAACCAAGAGAUAUGCUUUCAAGUUUGGAUGGUUCUUCAGGAGUGGAAAUCACUACGGCUCUAAAGCUGCAGAUGGAGGUGCAAAAGAGACUGCAUGAGCAACUGGAGGUCCAGAAACAGCUACAACUUAGAAUAGAAGCUCAAGGUAAGUAUUUGAAGAAGAUAAUCGAAGAGCAACAGCGGCUGAGUGGAGUUCUUUCGGAAGUUCCUGGUUCUGGGGUCACUGCUCUUCCAACUGGUGACAAUGGCCCAGAAUCUGAUAACAGGACUGAUCCAGGAACUCCUGCACCGUCAUCUGAGUCUCCUCAUGUUGAUAAGCCUGUAAAAGCACAUACCUCAACCAAGAGCCUUUCUAUGGAUGAAUCAUUCUCCUCACAUCAUUCUCCUCUCAGUCCAGACUCUGAUUGCCAAGAAACUUCGCUAAUGGAGAGCCCUAAUGGCGAGAGGUCAUCAAAGAAACAACGAGUGGACAACGUGGCACUUCCACAUCAGAUAUUGGAAUCAAGCUUGAGCCCACCAUACCAGCAACCACAUUCAGUUUUUAUGAUGAGGGACCAAUUUAAUCAUACAUCAGGAUUAUCUCUUGGUAUCGAGGAUCAGAAAGUUUCUGGUAGCAACAUAUAGUUAUUCGAUAUUUGAUGUCAUGCAUGCUCUGCUUGUAUUGUGCAACAUGACUUCAAUUCAUCUAAUUCUGUAACCUUUGAAUAUAUAUAUAUUACACAUUUGGUCACAGAUACCUCUUGGUUUUUACUGUAGUUGGUUUAAGUUGCUCUUUUAUCUCCAGGGGCUUAACUA